AUGUCCGUCUUCCGCCCCUCAGCCCACGCCCUCAUAACAGGCGGCGCAUCCGGCGUCGGCUACGCCGUCGCCCAACUCUGCCUAAAACACUCAAUGCGCGUCUCCAUCGUCGAUUUCAACCAAUCCUCGCUCGAAAUCGCGCGCAAGAACCUCUCCGGCGACGUAAAAUGCAUCCAAGCCGACGUCUCCUCGCGUUCAGACUGGUCGUCCAUCCGCCAACAAGUCGGCACCGACGUCGAUUUCCUUAUGCUGAAUGCGGGCAUUGGCGGGAAAGGGACGUGGGGCGAUGAAGAUUACUUUGAUAAAAUCCUGGCUACGAAUCUAGGGGGUGUGGUGAAUGGUUUGAAUGCGUAUGUUCCGAGUUUCAAAGAGAGGGCGGGGGAAGACAGGGAGGGGAAGAGUGCGAUUGUGAUUACGGGGAGUAAACAGGGUAUCACGAACCCGCCUGGCAACCCCGCGUAUAAUGCUAGUAAAGCGGCUGUGAAGACGCUGGCUGAGCACUUGAGCUAUGAUCUCAAGGACACCAGUGUUGGGUCAGGGAACGAGCCAGGCUCGACGAAAGCGAAACCGGAGGGUGCGUGGUCAGCGGACCAAGUAGCAGAUUAUAUGUACACCAAGAUGCAGGCCAAGAAAUUCUACAUCAUCUGUCCUGACGACCAGGUCACGGAGGAAACAGACAAGAAGAGGAUGUUGUGGAGUGUAGGCGAUAUUGUGAAUGAGAGACCGCCACUAACGAGGUGGAGAGAGGAGUACAAGAAGGAGGCUGAGAAGUGGAUGGCGGAGCAGAAAGUGUAG